AUGUCCGUCAAGUUCAAGGAGGAGAAGACCGUUACCGAUACCGUCCGUGCGGUGGCCGAUGGUAAGCAUGAGGGUCUGGCGCAUCGCGUCGGUGACCGUUUGACCGGCGGAAAGACUCCUAAUGGAUACCUCGCGGCCUACCUCAAGCAGCUGCAGACCAACCCGCUGCGAACCAAGAUGCUCACAUCUGGUCUUCUCUCCGGUCUGCAAGAAUUGCUCGCCUCUUUCCUGGCUCACGAUGUUGGCAAGCACGGCCACUACUUCAGCUCGCGCAUCCCGAAGAUGUCGCUUUAUGGCAUGUUCAUUGCCGCGCCGCUUGGUCAUAUCCUUAUCGGCAUUCUGCAGAAGAUCUUCUCUGGUCGCACCAGCCUCAAGGCUAAGAUUCUCCAGAUCCUCGUCAGCAACCUGAUUAUCUCCCCCAUCCAGAACAGCGUUUACCUCUGUUCGAUGGCUAUUAUUGCUGGCGCGCGCACCUUCCACCAGGUUCGUGCUACCGUCAAGGCCGGUUUCCUGCCUGUAAUGAAAGUCAGCUGGAUCACUUCCCCGCUGGCACUGGCCUUUGCCCAAAAGUUCCUCCCCGAGCACACUUGGGUGCCCUUCUUUAACAUUAUCGGUUUCUUCAUUGGAACCUAUGUUAAUACUCACACCAAGAAGAAGCGCCUGGAGGCACUUCGCAAGCGCUACGACCAACGCCGCGGCGGCAGCGAGUACGAAAAGCGUGACUAUGAGAAGCGUGACUAUGAGAAGCGCGACUACCCUUGA